UGCACGGGGCGGUCGAACUACAAGCCAUUUUGGGGACGGUGUCAGUUUCCACUGAACCAUCAGCGCAGCAUUUUUCGAAGAGAAGACUGAAGGCGCUAGCCUAGAGAAAACGCACAUCAGCCUGGCCGUUUUACUGGCGGGAGGUCUACAUUCAAGAGCGCUUACAAAUCUGCAACCGAGCACAUCACAACCGGACCUUUUCUAUUUUUUAUUAUUAUUGAAACGCGCCCUGCUCCGCUGUUCUCUUAUUGCAAUUGACAGCGUCUGCAGCCCUUUUCAAGAUGGCCGCUUGGCUCGUAUUCAUUUUCUACUGAUCGACUAACUUUCAUUGUCUGUAACCACCUCCAGGCUCGACUGUUCGCUCCAGCUCAGUAAGAGUCGUUUCCAUCCCAUGACGAUGCAUCGUACAACAAGGAUCAAGAUAACGGAGCUCAAUCCCCAUUUGAUGUGUGUCUUGUGUGGUGGAUAUUUCAUAGAUGCAACAACAAUCAUAGAAUGCUUGCACUCCUUUUGUAAAAUGUGCAUUGUCCGGUACCUGGAAACCAGUAAAUACUGUCCCAUAUGUGAUGUACAGGUCCACAAAACAAAGCCACUUCUCAAUAUUCGGUCUGACAAAACUCUACAGGACAUUGUAUACAAGUUGGUUCCUGGUCUUUUCAAAAAUGAAAUGAAACGUAGGAGAGAUUUUUAUGCUGAACACCCGUCUGUUGAUGCUGCAAAUGGAUCAAAUGAGGAUCGAGGAGAAGUUGCUGAUGAAGACAAGCGAAUCAUCACAGAUGAUGAAAUUAUUAGUCUGUCAAUUGAGUUUUUUGAUCAAAGGGCCCAACAGCAAGCCAGCAAAGAUGAGAAGCAAAAAGAACAGGUUAAUAAUAAAAGAUACUUACAGUGCCCUGCUGCCAUGACUGUGAUGCAUUUGAGGAAAUUUCUGAGAAGCAAAAUGGAUAUACCUCCUACUUUUCAGAUUGAAGUUAUGUAUGAGGAUGAGCCUUUGAAAGAUUACUACACAUUAAUGGACAUUGCCUACAUCUACACUUGGAGAAGAAAUGGACCACUGCCUCUGAAGUACCGUGUGCGGCCCAGCUGUAAAAAAAUGAAGAUUACCCAUCCACAAGAUGGCGUGAACAAUACAAGCCGCUCUGAAAGCGACUCAGCCAGCGAUAAGGCAAGCAGUCCCGCUGGAGUUCCAUCCACCUCCUCACCACUACCGAGUCCAAGCACACUGGUUCAGCCUUCACAACCUCAUUUCACCCAUAUUUCUAAUCCUAUUAACUGCACGACGAUGACAAGCCCAAAUCGACAGUUCAGUUUUGGCAACAAAGUGCGAAAGACAGCGCUGAACGGAUCUUCCACAUCGUCUGGAUGAUGAGGGACUACACGAUAAAGCCAACGCCAGAUAUAAUCCAGCUAUUUCCAUGCCAACGUAGUGUCAUGUAGAUCCAUUUCUUUUUGUCAUUAUUAUCAAUAUAUUCUACAUGUAACGUUAACGUAGUGAAAAUGACGCACUUCAUUCAACAAAUUGCUGGAAUUUCUAAGUUUGCGUGAGAACGUUAGAGGCCCAUUUGAUUGCAAAGUGUAGCGCAGAGCGAGGUUGUGGCAUUUUCAGAAUGCAGAAAUUACUGAAUUAUACCGACCUUUUAUAUAUAUAU